AUGAACGAUGUGAUCAAACCCCUGAGGAAGAAGGGUGAAUGGAAGGUUUUGGUGGUGGAUAAGCUCUCCAUGCGGAUGGUGUCAGCAUGCUGCAGCAUGACCGACAUCACCUCCGAGGGCAUCACCAUUGUGGAGGACAUCACCAAGAGACGGGAGCCACUGAUGACUAUGGACGCCAUCUAUCUCAUCACGCCCGUCGAGAAGUCCGUGAAUUUGCUGAUGAGGGAUUUCGGCACAGCCCACAACACCAUGUACCGGGCAGCUCAUGUCUUCUUCACUGAAGCCUGCCCUGACGAGCUGUUUAAUGAGCUGUGUAAGUCCACCGCGGCCAAGUUCCUGCGGACUCUCAAGGAAAUUAACAUUGCUUUCCUGCCAUACGAGGAACAGGUGUACUCUCUGGACACUCGAGACGGUGCGUCUGAGUUCUACAACCCGCGCCCGUCCCCCAACAGGAUGUCUCGUCUGGAGAGAGUGGCCGAGCAGAUCGCUACACUCUGCGCCACACUGGGGGAGUACCCUGCCAUCCGCUACAGAAUUGAUUAUGACAAGUUACCAGAACUGUCCCAGCUGAUUCAGCAGAAGUUGGAUGCCUACAAGGCCGAUGACCCCACCAUGGGAGACGGACCUGAGAAAGCUCGCUCCCAGUUGCUGAUCCUGGACCGAGGGUUUGACCCCGUGUCACCCCUGCUGCACGAGCUGACCUACCAGGCCAUGUGCUACGACCUGCUGCAGAUCGACAAUGACGUCUACAGAUUUGAGGCGAAGGGCGGCCCACAGGGUGAGAUGGUGGAGAAGGACGCUCUGCUGGAUGAAAACGACGACCUCUGGGUCGAGUUCCGCCAUCAGCACAUCGCUGUCGUGUCCUCACAAGUGACAAAGAAGCUGAAGGAUUUUGCGACGGAGAAGCGAGUGAAGGGCGGAGAAAAGACCACCAUGAAGGACCUGUCCCAGAUGCUCAAACGCAUGCCACAGUACCAGAAGGAACUCAGAAAUUACUCGCUGCACCUGGCCCUGGCCGAGGACUGCAUGAAGAGUUAUUCUGGCAACGUGGAGAAACUCUGCAGGGUUGAACAAGAUCUGGCGAUGGGUACGGAUGCGGAGGGAGAGAAGAUCCGGGACCACAUGCGGAACAUAGUCCCCAUCCUGCUGGACCAGAACAUCUCCACUUACGACAAGAUCCGCGUCAUCCUGCUCUACAUCAUCGGCAAGAACGGUAUCUCUGAGGAGAACUUUAACAAGCUGAUCCAGCACGCCCAGAUCCCUGAAGAAGAGAAACACAUCAUCAUCAACAUGCAGUACAUGGGCCUGUCCAUUCUGCAGGAUACUGGCCGACGUAAGGGCAAGGUGGAGCGUAAGGACCGCAUCACGCAGCAGACGUACCAGCUCUCACGCUGGACUCCCGUCAUCAAGGACAUCAUGGAGGAUGCGAUUGAUGAUAAGCUGGACCAGAAGUACUUCCCCUUCCUGACUGGCAGGUCCACCACCGCCGGAUUUGCUUCCUCCGGGGCCAGAAGCGCGCGUUACGGCCACUGGCACAAGGACAAGGGUCCAGCCGACCGCUCCGUUCCCCGUCUCAUCAUCUUCAUCAUGGGCGGCACCACCUACUCCGAGAUGCGCUGCGCUUACGAGGUUACCAAGGAAACCGGACAGAAGUGGGACGUCAUCAUUGGUGGAACUCACAUCCUCACUCCGUCAGGGUUCUUGAACGAUCUCGCUGAGCUCGAGAAAACCUCCUGAUUUCUCCACAUUUUCUUCCCUUUCAUUUUGUUUGACUUGUUCCACCCACCUUUUGACUCCCGAAGGUUUUCUGAACGACCUUGCCGACCUUGUUCCCCAAGAUGGCCCCCAAGACGGGCAAGACAGAAUGGACUAGCCAAUCACCGAAGGGAAUUGACUAACCAAUCAGAGCUCAGCUUGUGUCCACUAACAUGGGGUAGCCAGCCAAUCAAAUGCUUGCUUGCAUAUGCUGAUAACCAAUCAAGAGUACCAGCUGUCUGAAUGACAACCAAUCAGAGGGAAGAUGACAUAUUCGUCUGGUUUGUGGUAACAUUUGAUCGACAGUUUAGAUGGUUUCAACUUGAAUUAUCCAAGAUGAAAAUAAUUAUAAUCGCAGCAGAAAACAGUAGAAAAGUAGGAAGAAAAGAAUAAAAAAUGAAAAUAGAUAAAUAAAUCCACAAUCGCUAUGUUCUAUGCAUGCUCAUAUGUGUUCUAACAUAAAGAAAUAAGAAGCAAGUUACAUAUAUAUAAAGCACACUGUGAAGUACGAGUAUAUAUAGAUUAGAGACAUUGAUUUGAGCUAAUUUCAUUGAUCAUCUUGUAUUUAUUUAUUUGUACAGUUCUGAUCUUGAUCAAUGUUUGCAUUAAUUAUAACAUGAAAAUGUAAAACAGAGAUAAAAAAAAAGGAGUUAACUUUAACCAAUCAUUGUAGGUAGCC